GUCGUCUAGCACGAGCUCGUUCCCUAGCGCUCAGUUUAUUCAUGUGAUGAUGUGAGCUGUUGUUGAAUAGCAUUUGUUAUUCACAUAAUUGAAAUGGUCAAGAUGAGGAAAAACAAAGGGAAAACCAAUACAAUCGAAAAGGAGUUUGUGUUUGAGUUUAAGGCAGGACAACAUCACUGUAUUCUCAAAGUACCUCUUCAGUUCCCUCUCAAAGAAAAUGUCAGUGAUCUUCAUGGGCGGAUCAUGCUGCUUCAUAAAAUCCCCUGUUUUGUAGAAAAUGACUUGAAAAACAGACUGGUUAGUUUCAUAGAGAGGGAAACAUUAGUGGAUUAUGACCGGGAUGCAGAAGCAGCCCUGCAGAGACUCACUAAUGGAGAAGUCGACAUCAACAAACUUACAAAUUCAUGGGCCAAGGCCUAUUCUGAGACUACACUGGAACACGCCCGUCCUGAAGAACCCAGCUGGGACGAGGAUUUUGCCAGUGUCUAUCAUGAACUGAUCCACUCCCCGGCCUCAGAGACUCUUCUCAACCUGGAGCACAGUUACUUUGUCAGUGUCUCUGAGCUCAUCAGCGAGAGAGACAUGGAGCUCAAGAAACUUCAGGAGAGACAGGCUGUUGAGAUGGACAAAGUCAUGCAGGAGCUGGGAAAGACCUUGUGUGACCAGGAUGUGAAUACCGUUGCUGCCCAACACUUUGAUGCCCAGCAAGUGCUGGAGAACAAGUGGGCCAGUGAACUGAAACAAGUCACGGGUAUCCAGAAACAAGAGUAUCAGGAGUGGGUGAUGAAGCUCCACCGGGACCUACAGAACCCCAACAACAGUACAAUAAACGAGGAGAUCAAGGUGCAGCCGGGUCAGCUGGGGGAUGCAGGGGAAGCGGGGGCCCGGCUCUUCGAGGAGCAGCGACAGCUGGAGGAAAGCUUCACCAUCCACUUAGGGGCUCAGCUGAAGACCAUGCACAAUCUACGUCUGGUGAGAUCUGAUGUUCUGGAUUUUUGUAAGCACCAUCGUCACAGCAGCAGCGGGGUGAAGUUACGGCGACUGCAGACUGCACUGUCUCUGUACUCCACAUCGCUUUGUGGUCUGGUGCUGCUGGUCGACAACAGAGUCAACUCAUACAGCGGCAUCAAGAGAGACUUUGCAACAGUCUCUCAGGAGUGUACAGACUUCCACUUCCCCAGAGUGGAUGAGCAGCUGGACAUCAUCCAGCAGGUGGUGCUGUAUGCACGAGCUCAGCGCAGCAGCAAGCAGAGAGAGCAGCCCGAAAUGCCAAGAAAUGGAGGAAGUGAAGACAAAAAUAAGAUCAUAGACAGAAAUUCCUCCAAUAUCCUCCCAGGUGAAUUCUACAUCACACGCCAUUCAAACCUGUCUGAGGUUCACAUUGUGUUUCACCUCUGUGUGGAUGAUAAUGUGCGCUCUGGAAACAUCACAGCCCGGGACCCAGCCAUCAUGGGGCUGAGGAACAUCCUGAAGGUCUGCUGCACCCAUGACGUCACCACCAUCACCAUCCCACUGCUGCUGGUGCAUGACAUGUCAGAGGAGAUGACUAUUCCCUGGUGCUUGAAACGAGCUGAGCUGGUCUUCAAGUGUGUGAAAGGUUUUAUGAUGGAAAUGGCCUCCUGGGAUGGAGGAAUCUCACGGACUGUCCAGUUCCUUGUUCCCCAGAGUAUCUCAGAGGAGAUGUUCUACCAGCUGAGCAACAUGCUGCCUCAGAUCUUCAGAGUCUCCUCGACGCUCACGCUAACAUCAAAACGCUAAACAAGCCACACAAACGGACGCAUCAGCCUUUGUGUUACACGUCAGCUGACAAUAUGGAGGACAUCUUGUCACUUUAAGUUCUUAAUUUUCAGAGAAGUACAAACCGUAAGCUGUUUUGAUAUGCACUGUCAUGUGAUCAUCAACACAAGCCUGUCACAGAAGGCUUAGCACCAUGUCCUGAUUAUUUCAGUCAUGAAUUUUCACUGGAAUUCGCAAAUUUGUACAUUCCACAUCAAAAAACGCAUUAAAUAUGAGAAGGAAGUGUUCAGAGUUUUAGCUCUUGUCAUACUGUGAGUGCUGUUUACCUAAUGCUGCAUGGGAAACAGGUAAUGCCAAGACAAGCUGUGUGUUUGUGCUGCAUUGCAGUCAAUCACCUUUGGCCCUUGUGUCAUCGUUUCCCUUCACAAACACCAGAUGGCACUGUAUUCGGUUGCGUUUACAUGUAGUGCAAGGUAACCAAAGCUGCUGAUUCCAAAUGUCAAAUGAACCCAACCUUCCAAGCAUUCUAAGUGAUUUACCAUGUGUUUGUGUAUUAGGUGCCAGUUGUAACCCCUGGCAUGUGUGCAGUUAUAUUUGAACUGUAAUCUUUGGAAAGUGGGGCAUUUGAAAACCGUAUCAUCCGUUUGUGUUUUUUUUUGUGUUGUUUUUAAGGGUAAUUCUAGCCAAUUUACCUAAUUUAUAUUUUUAAAUAGGCUUCUUAAAAUAUGCCUAUGUAAUAUUGAUCAGGCUAUUAGGAAAAUUAUGUCCAGUUUUGUUUUGUUUUUUUAAAGCCUUUACAAAGAAAAUCUGCAUAUUAACUACUGUCUGUUAAGUGUUUUGUUGGAUUCCUCCUAAUGAGGAUAUUGGCACACGAAGUAGCAAAGUAGGGCUAAUCUGAGGGUUAAAGGAUUUGCAUCUAUAUUAGCCUUUUGUCCGAUACUACUGACAUGCUAAUUACAUGUUCAUUGCAAAAUGAUUUUUAAAUACAGUGCACUUUAUCA